CUCUCUGCAUUUAGAAACUGUAAUUUCUGUAAAAUUACGCAUUGUUUCCAGUUAUUGCAGUUCAGAAACGAACGGCGCAACUUCUGAAAACAACCAAGAUUGACUGUGGUGUAAUAAUUGUGUCGACGGUUUAAAUGUGCACAUUUUUAGUAACGGUCAGUAAUAUUCUUCGAGGGCUAAAGAGUGUUUAUCCUUUGUUAUUAGUGUUUCGCACCAUUCAGACCUAAAUUUCUACAGUAAAUCAGAAAUUUUAAAUAGAAAGCCACGUAAUCCAGUCUAAGAACGAUGCUGGACGACAGUGUAAAGCGGAUGACACUACAACUGGAAGAGUAUGAUCCUGAGUAAGAGUUUUAAGGAGCCUCCUGAAGUAUGUCUGAAAUUCAGGUACCACCAGGACUUGUUGAUGCUGUAGAUAGUUUGAAGGAAGCAUUGAAAGCAGGUCGCACUGAUAUUUUUAGGAAGUUACUAGAUGCCUGUGAAACAACAGAUAAUGGUGGUGGGAUUCAAGAACGAAAGCAGCUGAUUAAUUCCCUUGCUACAGAAGAUGGCACCUUUUUGCACAUGGCCACUAAGCUUGGCCGAGGGGAUAUUUUGAGGGCACUUUUAGCUGCAGGAGCUGAUCCAGGAGUUCAAGAUGCCAGUGGCAAUACACCCCUGCAGUUAGCACCUUCUCCACCUAUUUUAGCAAUAUUCACAGAAGAAUUGUUAAGAGCGACGGCACAGUCAGAUGUCGGCCGAGUAUGUCAGUUGGUUGCUGCAGGACUCAGUAUCAAUUCUCACGAUAACCCAUUGAGCCGUAACACGCCUCUUCACUGGGCUGCAUCUUUUGCAGAUGUGGACACACUGUCCUGUUUGUUAGCUCGAGGAGCAGAUGUAAAUGCAGCUAAUAGUGAUGGGGCCACCCCCUUGCACGAUGCAGUGGCUCGAGGUGAUGAAGAUAUCAUAAGAAUACUCUUGGAGAACGGAGCUAAUCUACAUAUCCAGUGCUAUAAAGGGAGGCAUAAAGGAAAAACUGCUUAUGAAUUGGCAUCAAGAAAUCCUCAGUUGCACAAUUUUAUGGAAGAGUAUGCUUCAUUAAUCAAUAAGGAUUCUCAAGUAAACGGCUCUUCAACGUGUAAUGGAAGCGUGUCUCCGCUCAUUGCUCGACGGUCAUUAACUACCCAAGAACUUGCCAAAUCUCGUGUAGUAUCAGGCUCAAUGGAAUCACUUGUAAGUAUGGGAACAGACAGCGUGUUAACAGGUGUGGAACCUGGAAGCGUGGGUGAUGCUUUGCUAAGGAAAACAUCUGUAGAGUCCCCUGUGCCACGAUCUCCAUUACAGUCUUCAUCUUCACUGGAAAUGAGUCCUUGUAUGGAGCAGGUCUGUGAACGUCUGGCUUCAUCGCAGUUAACGGCACCUCCUAGACCUCUAGUAACACAUUCGGAGUUGCAUUCCCUAUGGCCCCAACCUUGUCGCAUUACGGAGAUUGAAGGCCCCAAUUGGAUUCCUCCUUCUCAUGCUACUCUUGCAGUAGUUUCUGGAGUAGAACCUGUGCAUAAAAUUGUUGAUGUUUGGGGUGUGCACAAAUUGUGGUUAGAAGAAGUUGGGUGCUAUGUAAGUCUUGGAGGUGUUGUUGGAAGCCAUGAUCCACCAAGUGAUCAUACUUUCACCUGCAUUGUUGACCCGUCUCUGACCACACACCCUCACCAGUAUAUACUAAGCAUCCUUAAUAAAAAGGUGAACAUGGUGUGUGGAUCUAUCGACAGCUUACAUAACUGCCUUGUGACAUUUGUCCAGCUACUACGUGUAUGUCAUUCCAGUGAAGAGGGUGGAGGAAAGGUCAUUGUCCCACCACUAGUUAUAAGAGACCAACCCUCUCUGCCACAUCGGGGGUUUUUACUGGAUGUUGCUCCUCAUGCACGUGUUCCAACACUGGAGCGACUUUGCCAAAUGGUUGAUUCACUGCUUGGUUUGAAGAUGAAUCAGCUACAUUUAUUAAUGCGUGUAUCAUCAGUAGCUUGUAGUUUACCCUAUUCUCCCAGCGAAGUUGUUUCGUUGGAUAGAUAUUGCUGUGAUCGAGGAAUAACCUUAGUGCCUGCAUUUGAUGUAGAAGUUAGUGUUCCUACAGCCCAACUCGGUGCUAUUACAGGGACCAUUAAAACAACGCUUACACACUUUCCUUCAAUCAGGUUUGUCCAUUUGGGUCCAAGAUUGACUGCAUUGUUAGCUGAUGCCAGUCUCUGCUCUAAAACAGUAGGAAGUUCUCCUCAAACUGUCUGUAGCCCUUGGGCUCAGUUGGGCCUCUCUUCAUCAGCUGUUUUGUUAGUGUGUGCAAAUGUGUUUCAUAAUAAAAGCCAGCAAUUGGCUGCCCUUCCACCUACAACCAUAUUGGUUGAAUAUGGCUUUCAGGCUGAUUAUGACUUCUCCCGAGGAGUUCAACUUGCUGUAGAGAAUGGUAGAGCUUUGACCAUGUGUCCAGGGACUGCUGCUUGGAGUAGUUUAAGUGGGUGGCCAGAAGCUGGUGUAAGUAAUGUGUACAAUGGAAUUGUGAGUGGCGCAGAAGGAGGGGCAGGUGGAGUUGUUGUUGCUCACUGGUCCAGCUCUGCUGCUCUAACUCCACUUGUCUUUGCAUGGCCUCCGGUACUUGUUGCUGCUGGUCUUUCAUGGAAUCAUAAUACACACUGGGAUUAUGUCCAUUCUUCUGUAGGUGCCUUAAUAGACACCCAUCUAGUUCGUGUACCACUUUGUGGCAUGGGUGCAGCCUUAAUAGAACUGGGUCGCUGUGAAACAUGGGUGACACGAAUGGUCCGUGGUCAGCCAGCAGCAGAUGUCGUCAACUUGCCUUCUUCAUCUCCAGGUUCUGCCUUGUAUCAACUCUUAGCUGAUCCUGAUAGCCUCUCACUGGAUAACCUUACGCCAGAAGUGUUUACGAGUGUAAUGCGUCAUGUCCGUAAAGCCGUUCGGGAAGGAAGGAGAAGUGGUGGCAUUCCUGGACAGAAGUCUCCCUUGAUUGUGAAUGGUGCAAUAUCAGGUGGCGUAGGACAAGAAACGGCUUCAUCACCUUGGCCUUUAGCAACUUUGGUGACCUUAGAACUCCAUUUAGCUAUGGACAUGAUUCUCACAGCAUGCAGGCUGGGUCGAUCCUUGGUCUCAGUGGGUACAAAUCCUCGCAGUAACAUGGGUGUAGCAGUAGUUAACCUUGGUGUAGGGAACCUUCCCCCAACUUUAAGGACAGAUCUUGCCAACAAGGUGCUAGCACUACGUGAAGUCUAUAGUUCAGUGUGGAUGCAAGGUCAGCAAGCGGCAGGCCUUCAGUCAUCUUUGUUGGUGCUAACAUCGCUUCUGGCUAGGCUUCUUCCUGAUCAUUCACUCCAUCCGUCAUGAAAGUGAACCUUGUUUUGACUAUGCAGAUGAUUGACUGAAUUUCGGCUCAAUUCAAGCAAGUUUGUGUGGGAAAGUCAUUCCAGUUUUAGACAACAAAUCAGGCCAUGCAAAGCAAGAUAAUUAUUUUUUCCCAGUGUUAUCCAAAGAUUGUAUAUAGCAGAUUUAUUUACAUCAGUACAGUAUAUAUUUUUGGUGAGAUUGAUAAGAUUGUGUACGGUAAUGCUUUCAUAUGCAAGACACCAUUUUAAAGAUAUAUAUAUAUAUAUAUAUAUAUACUGGACUCUGAAUUCAAUUUUGAAUGUCUUAACUUAGCAUGAGCAUUGCCACAGAUUGUUUUUGUUCACUCCAAAGUAAUGCAGUUUUAAAUGUAGAGUUCAGAUGUUUGGAAUUUCUAUUCUGAAUACAGUUGUACUAUUGAAGCUGUUGUAAGUUUAUAUUGAUUUUGCAUUGUUUUGUGUUGUUAUAGAAGUUUAUUUUGCCAUGAAGUAUUGUUUUCUAUUCAGUAAACCUCACAGUUGUUUCAUGGUGCUUUGUGUGCUCCUCACAGUUCUUUUCCAGAUUUUUAAAUAUUUCACACAAAAUUUUUAUUGAACUUUAUAUGUAGAUAGUAGUAAUGUAGUACAUAGGGUACUAAAUUAUUUAAUUUUCCAAAAGCCCUUUCACUUUACAUUUCCCCUUUUCUCACUUUUUUUCUAUAAUGCUCACUUUGGUCUUUCUAGCUUUUAGUCUUUCUGGCUUUUAACUGUUUAAAUAACAUAAAAAGCCAGUCUGAAUUUUUUGUGCCUCGUUAUCUUCACUGUCCAUUCAAGUAAUUAUUUCAAUCAUUUUACUUCUUGAAGGUGUAGGAAAGCUGGUGCAUAUGUAAAGGAAUAUGUAGAGGAUUACAACAUGAUUCACCUAAAUCUUCAUUUUCUGAAUUCUCUAAUCUUCUUUGGGUGAAUUUUCUAAUCUUCUUUGGGAUUUACUUGCUUCAUCAUAUAUUCAAAUUGUUCUUAAGUCUUUUUUAUUUUGAAAACUGACUGAUGGGACUUAAACAAAAUAAUGGAACAGAAUGGGUUUGUCUGUGGAUCUCAGAAAUCACCAAAGCUAUAACUGAAGACUUUUUAAUUGUUGGUUAACUUUAUAGAAUUUGUUUUAUGAUUAUGAGAUUUGAAUCCAGCACAUUCCAGACUAAUCACAGUCACAACUGUUUAUUUAACAAUCUUCACAUUCAUUGUACAAUAUCUUUAGGUAUUGCAUUUUUUUUAUUUUGUGGGUAAUGUUAGAUUUUGUGGUAAUGCAUUGUAGUGACUUUUUAGAACAAGUUUUCCAUUUAAUGAAUUCUAGCACAAUACAGUAUUAUUCAAAAGUAAGUAAUGGCUUUGUCAUGUUUGAUCUUCUGGUUGGGCAGGAUAUAUUUGUCCCUUUUAUAAAAUACAAAAAUCUGUCCAACCCCCAAAACUAAGACUAGCCUAAUGUAUAACAAAUUAGCCACAUAGGCUUUUUAGGCAAAAUAAAUAAAAAAAAACUAUAUACAUGGAAAAACUUCCAAAUGAUGCAAAAUAUUUUCCUUAUAUUCUAGGAGAAGGUUUUACCUUCAUAUGUGUGAAACUUCUCAAAGUGGUAUACUCUUGAGGUAUUUAAAAUUAUGUUAUUUAUGUAGUGAUGCAUUUUAUUUAGAAUUAAACUUAAAUUAUUUGUAUAUAGUGAUGUAUUUUAUUUCUAGGGAAGUCUUUCACUUUUCCUUACAAUAGGCACAGAGAAUGUUGGUGAAGUUCGGUACUACAAAAUCAGGUAAUUGCAAUUUGUACUUGGAGCUUCUUGAAUUUGAUGGCAAAAUGAAUUUUCUUCAAACUCAAGGUUUUUUUUAAUCAGUUCAAGAGUAGCUUGGAUAAAUGACACUUCAUAUACCUUACAAAAGAAUAACUGCACAAAUUUGGUUUAUUUUUUAUACACCUUUGGUCCCUGGAGUAAAACCUGUUGAUACCUUUAAUAACAGAGUAGACAACUGAAAACAUCAUUCAGUGGUUGACUAAUUGUAUCCAUGUACAGUAAUAAUAUCAUGAAACUGUAGUUGUAAAUAUUGGCAAAAUGUACCAUUUACUUAUUUAUUUUUUGCUACUUCAAAUGUAUGAACUUAAAAACCAAAGUAAAUUUAUAUCUAAAAGUAUUCCUGUUUUAUUUUUCUUCUCAUAAGAUGUGAAGUUUAUUUAAAGCAGAUGUUCCUAAAGUAUUGUUUUUCAUGGUUAAUUUUUAUGAAGUAAUUUCUAUUGAUUUCAUUCAAGUAACUGUAUAACAUUAUUUUCUGUCAAUGUUUUAAGUUGAUAUGUUACAAAGUGGUGAAAUUUUUCUUUACAAAGAAUUUUUUUUCAAUUGUAAACAUUUGUUGUGUUUCACAAGAAAAUUAUAUUUUAAAAUUUUUAAAAAGCAUUUCACUGUCAAACUAGAAAUGUAUACUUUUCACAAACUGGAUAGUUUGCUUUGACAUACUGUAUAUUUCCGUGUUAAGAUGACCUUCAGAUAAGACUAGGUAAAAAUUCAUGGCAAAUUUUUCUUAAUUUAUCUCAUACCUGUAGUAUAAGACGACUUUUAAAUUACAAAACCGAAAUGUGUUUUGGAGAAAAGUGAUUUGGUAUUUGCAAAAAUUUAACAGUAAAACUAUAUUUUUAGUAAUGAUGACUUAAAUAAAGGUUGUUUUGUAUCCAAUUACAGUAUUACUAUCAUAUUGUUACUGUAUUACAGAAUAUAAACAUUGUCAUGUACAUCAUUUGCAUUUGAUGUUUACAUUCUCAAAAUCUCGGCUGAUUUGAGUUUUAUCGAUAUCUUCAUUGCCCUUAUUUGUUAGAAGAGAUAAAUUUUUGGAGAUACCUUCCAUCAUAAAUUAAUGAAGUUUGGUUGAAAACGUGAACUACUUCAUUGUAUAUGCAUUAGGUGCGAUUUCUCCAGUUCUGAACAUCACUUCCGCUUGGCUGUUAUUAUAGUUUUAUUCAGCCUUGGCUAUAACCUGCAGCUUUAAUUUACAAGUAUUCUUUCUUGAGAUCUACACUGCAUGAAGGAUGAACAAAUUAUUUAUUUUAUUUUACCUAUGGAAGCCACCUUUGAGAAUUAGUGGGGUUUAACAACUUGACAAUUUUAACGGAGCUCUUUCUUAAUAAACGCCUGAUAGUUAUGGUAAAUGAUGUCAGCAAUCAGCUGUUUCUCAAUUCAGUUGUUUACAUUUACAAUAACUGCUUCAUCCAGAACUUUUUAGUGGAGGAUGGAGGCGUAUCAUUAGUAAUACAGUCGAUAUAUUAUCCACUUGCACAAGUCGAAUAAUAGUUGUAUUGAGAAUAAUGAUAAUUUUAAUAGAACUUGUUUUACUGUAAUCAUAUUACAUGUACAUAUUACAAUAUAUGAACAAAGCAAUGAUGCGCCAUUUGCAUUCUGGUUUUGUUUACAUCUUAAAAUAAUCAGGUGAUCGUGUUUACUGACAUCAUCACUGUCUUUAGUUGGUGAAUAGAACUUAGUCAGCGAUAUAUUCCUUUCGUAAAUUAUCAAAGCUGGGUUUAACAAAGCCGAUUCUAUACCAUGUUUUUCAUACCUACGUUGCCUAAAAGGGAAACCAUUGUUCUGUUUACGUUUCAUUGCCAUUCUCAAACAACCAUUAAUAUACAAUAUAAUAAUGAACGAUAAUUAUCAUAUACAAUUAUCGUUCAUAUGACUGAAUAAUUGUUCUAAACAGUUACAAACAGCUUUGCAUGCUGCCUCACUUGAGGUUUGCUGCAUUUAUGUUAUAAAUGCAGCAAACCUCAAGUGAGGCAGCAUGCAAAGCUGUUUGUAACUGUUUAGAAUUAUUCAGUCAUAUGAACGAUAAUUGUAUGGGGGAAUAUGAAAACAGAUAGUAUCAGAAAAUAAUUUAAAAUAUGCCAUGGAUGAUACCAAAGGUGAUUUGUAUGAUAUCGACGACAAAGCCGAAGUCGACUCGCCAAAACCAGACUGAAAUCCCUAUGAUGGUGGCACGUGAUCAAUCUUGUGGUGUACAAGAAACUUUUAAUGAAAAAUUAAUAUAUUAUGUUAUCCUGAAUGUUGUUACUACCAUAAUUACACCACCAUUGAAAUUUCUCAAAGUUUACCGAAAGAUGAAGGUUGCUGUGAGCACAACCAUAAAUCGAUGUUUACAUUUUCUCAGCUGGGAUCGCAUACAUAAAAGUUUCUUUCAUUGAUGUAGAAUUAUUCCUCAAAUAGGCUAUUUGUUAUGAAGAUAUACCAAUAAUAUAUAUGGUAAAAAAGGGUUUUAUUACCUUUCUUAUUACUUAAUUUCAUAAAGUGAAUCUUCAUGUAUGUUGGUGGUUACGCUAUAGCACCGAGGCCGAGACUAGCCUACCGAUAUACAUCUUAGAAAUCAAGGUUUGAUUUUUAAAAUUGUAGUAUAAGACAAUCCCCAAUUUUUAGGGAUGAAUUUUAGGAUUUAAAGUCGUCUUAUACGCGGAAAUAUGUGGUAUGUUAUUUCUUACAAACUUGAAUCAGAAAAUUGAAUAUCUGCUGAUGUAUUGCAUACAGGAUGGUUAAUCAUGCUCAACAGACUUACAGCUUCCACAAAAAUUAAGUUUUAGGUCAAUCACUAACAUGUGAGUACCCCUCUGGCUGCUAAAAUGAAAAUGAAAAGGAGUUCUAGUUUCUUGGAAAAAAGAAAUUAAAGAAUAACCCUCACCUACUUCGGCUGUACAUAUUUAUUACAAUGAAUAGUUGGAAAAUGUUUAACAAUUUAUAAGAGAAGAUUUCAUUAAAAACAAUUGUUUUGUAUUACAACUACAUCUCGAUGAACUGGACUUUAAGAAGGUCCUAGCAAUUUUUUUUUUUCUCGUUUUUGGUUUCUAAAGAAGUAAGAUAAUGAAAACUUAAUGAAUGAACCCAAAAUGUACUUAAAAUCCACUUAAAUCUGGUAAAGUAUUAUCACUUAAUUUUAAUGGUAAUUUAUUAAAAUGAAAUAACGUUAAAAUUAAAACCUUUUUUUUUUUCAAUACAAAUAUAUUAAUUUUACUUUAGCCUUUUGUGCAUCUGUAAAUUCCCAGACACUACCAAUCUGGGAGGCCUUAGUGAGAAAGCAGACCCACCUACUAUUGUCUGAAACAGAAUAGAGAGGGCAGUAGGUAGGUCAUUAUGGUAAAGUAAUGAGUCUGUAUUGAAAAUAUAAAUUUUUGUAUAGAAAUUUC